UCUUUGCAACGACUGCAAGUAUUUUGCAUACUGAAUAUUUGAAGCGAAAAAUCUUGAAAAUGAUACUUAAAUUAAUAGUGUUUGGAUUUGGCCUUUCUUUGCUUUUUAUAAGCGAGGUGAAAUCAUGCCGUGACGAGAUCGAAAAACAUGUAAGAGAAAAUAUCGCAAAAGAGUAUCGAAGUUAUGGAUCACCAGGACGAGCAGGAGCACCUGGAAUUAGCGGAACACCCGGAAAUAACGGGUUGCCAGGAGUGCCUGGCUGGAAAGGUGCCAAAGGCGAAAUGGGACAAGAACAAGUUUGCAAUCCGAGCUCAAUACGUAAUCAAAUGAACAACAUUGCAAAUCAAGCUUUUCAAGCUCAACUUCAACAGUUUCAGCAAUUUUUAUAUAGCAUCAAAGGAGACAUAGGCGAUCAAGGUGUUUCAGGUCCAAAAGGAGAAAGAGGCACGGACAUCAUGAUAAGUCCAUGGGGAUAAUCAACAUUAGCUAUGUUACAUUAUUAGCCGAUGCACGAAAACCACACAAUUGAUUUGAAAGAAUUUACAAAAAAAUGAUCGUCGUGGUUCCAGUGGUCAUUUUAUGUUUAAAAAUACUUCCAUUACUUUUUUUGUGAGAUUUCAA